AUGGACCGCAGGGGCGUUCUGACUGCAUCCCUUGCUGCGCUGAGCAUGCCGCAGGCAGCCUUUGCCGAGGACAAGGUUCCUCCUGGUUCCAUCCCAACGGACCUUGUGGCGAGUGCUGUUGGCCAGAAGGUGACGACUCCGAAUGGUGUGGUUUAUGAGCCACUGGAGCUGGGUACAUCUGAGACAGGCCCAAGAAACGGGCCUCCACGUGCUGGUGCGAAUUUGUUGCUGAAGUAUACAGCUCACAUCAACGGCUUUGAUGGCCCUGUGAUAGAUUCAUCUGCGCUCAGAGGCUCGCGCAAGCCCAACAAGGUGGACUUCAUAGAAUGCCGACUAAACGUCGAUCCGUCGCUCCCUAACUGCGUCUUCGAAGCUGUAAAGCUCAUGAAGGUUGGAGCAAAAGGCCGUGCUGUGUGCCCUCCCAGCUUGAGCUAUGGUGAGGGAAAGGCCGCCUUUGAUGCAGACGAGGGCGCCGACAUCAAAAAGGUGGAAGCCGGCUCAACGCUGUAUUACGAGCUGGAAGUGUCCACGGCUCAGUUAAUCAACAGUCUCCAGAUCCUGGACCUUGCAGGAGUUGGUGGUUCUGGCCCCGCCGCCAAUGGAUCGCCUCCGAUGGCAACAGAUGAUUAUCGCAUGUUCGCUGGCAAUUCUUUGCUUGGCUUGUCAGCCGCUGGUGUUCCUGGUUGCGGGCAGAUGCGGAAAGGUUUCCGGUUGUUUGGCUUGCUGUGGAAGACUGACAUGCAAGAGCAGGCCUUCCAGCUUCCUCCAGAGAAAGUGGUGGAGGCUGUCCAUGCAUCCAUGAAAGCGCGAAAAGGAGUUGUGGAGCUCGCUGGCGCAUUAGGAGCAGAAGCCGAGCUUGAGGUCUCCAAAACAGGUGAGCUCGUCUACCGCUUUCCCUCAGAUGUGAAGGGGGCACUAUCAAAAGUCUCCUCUGCAGCGGCAGCUCGGGAGGCAUGGAACCAGGCCAAGCCGGCAGUUUUCACAGCGCUCCGCGCUGCUUUCGGCGUGGCCCUCUUUGCUUCCAUCGCCGUCAUCUACACUGCGAUCAUUGCCAUCAGCACUUCUUCCAGCUCAGAUAGGGACAGGCGAAGGGGGGGCGACUCCUUCGAAGGAGGAGGUGGAUUCGGAUUUGGCCCCACGCUGUACUAUGGUCCUUCGCCAUUCGACGUGAUCUUCUACAGACCGUACUACUCGUAUGGCAUGUUUGACGCAGAUAUGUACGAGAGGGGUCCGACAGAGAAGCCAAAGAUGGGCUUCCUCGAAUCGGUCUACAGCUUCGUCUUUGGCGACGGAGAUCCGAAUGCUGGCCGGCUGGACCGGCAGCUGGCAGCUGUGGCCGCUCUGGCGAGACGGAACGGUGGUGUACUGACAGCGGAGCAGAUGGCACCUUUGCUAGACCCUCCAACGUACAAGUCGCCUGAGAGCACAUACAAUGUGAACGAGAGCUGGGUGCUGCCAGCCGUCUCAAGACUGAAUGGUAGGCCUGAAGUGGCAGCUGAUGGGCAAAUUGUUUAUGUUUUCGAUGACUUGCAGACAACAGCCGGCCAGUCUUCUUCGCGCAAGCCGCCAUCCAUUUUAGAGGAGGAGGAAGUUCCUUUCUCACUGGCGGAUGAGGGCAACCUCACCCUCGUUGGUUUGCUAGGUGUGGCAAACCUUCUCGGGGCCGCCUAUCUUGGUGCUCAAUUCGCGGGUCUUGCAGGCUACAAGCUGGUAGGCUUCCUGGGUGCAGUGAAGGGCGCGUAUCCGGGCUUGCUUGCUUAUGCAGUGGGCUUCUUUGCUGCACCGGCAGUGCGCUUCUUUGGUCUGGGCAAGACUAAUGGUGAGAUUCAGCAAAGGAAUAACAACCGCAAAGAAUGGCUGAAUGUGCUACGGAAGCGGAAGGCCAAUCGGCUAAAGGUGAAUUUGAUGACUUCGAUCGCCGACUGCGUGGUUGAGGCGUCACAUUGCAGCGCAGGUGUACAGGCACCAGAGUAUGCAGAGGUGAUGCUGAAGGUCCACAGCCGCCGUACUACAGAUGUUUGUACGCUAUGUACAUUUGUUCUGCCACCCGCUCAAAGGUGUGGGAUCACCUACUGUGGUCUUGUGAAUGGAGACCCUAGAAGGCUAUACCACAGUUUCGAUUAUGGUGGCCAUCUGUGUGGCGUAGACCCGGGCUACGAGGACAAGGGGCUCCUUUAUUGGCCACGACCGGAAGAGCCGGAGUAUGCUGUUUGCAUCGCGAAGUGCCCAGACUCAGAGCUGGACACCGUGACAGCUCUCCAGGAGGAAGCUGCAGUCAGACAUGGAGCAAGUGGAGUGGAGACUGCAACUAUUACUUCCAAGGAAGUCCAGAUCUCUACUUAUCCGUCCAGGGAGAUUGGUGGCCGCGUUUGCUUGCCACUUUCACUGGCUGACGGCCUGGAUGGCGGAAGAAGACCGCCAAGCACAGCGGCGGGGACGUCUUCUUUGGAAUGGCCCAGGCCUCCUGCAAAUGCCGUGCACCCUGCUAGCAUGGAGAAAUGA